CAGUGCCGCCGCCUGCCUACGCUGCCCGAGCUCGUCAAUGGAGCUGGAAAACAUCGUUGCCAACACCGUCUUGUUGAAAGCCAGGGAAGGGGGUGGAGGGAAACGCAAAGGCAAAAGCAAAAAGUGGAAGGAAAUCUUGAAAUUCCCUCACAUUAGCCAGUGUGAAGAUCUCAGAAGGACAAUAGAGAGAGAUUACUGCAGCAUAUGUGAAAAGCAGCCGAUUGGAAGGCUUCUCUUCAGGCAGUUCUGUGAAACUCGACCCGAGCUCGAGUGCUGCAUUAGGUUCCUUGACUCAGUGGCAGAGUAUGAAAUUGCUCCAGAUGAAAAGCUGGGAGAGAAAGGAAAGGAAAUCAUGAUGAAAUACCUCACCCCAGAGUCUCCAGCCUGCGUUCCUGAAGUCAGUCAAGAUCUUAUCCAACAGACAGAGGAGAAACUCGAAAACAGCCCCUGCAAAGAGCUAUUCUCUCACUGUACAAAAUCUGUCCUUGACCACCUCAGUGGGGAACCAUUCCAAGAGUACCUGAACAGCAUGUACUUCGACAGGUUUCUCCAGUGGAAGUGGUUGGAAAGGCAACCAGUAACAAAAAACACAUUUCGGCAGUACAGGGUACUGGGGAAAGGCGGCUUUGGGGAGGUCUGCGCUUGCCAAGUGCGAGCGACAGGGAAGAUGUACGCCUGCAAGAGAUUAGAGAAGAAGAGAAUAAAGAAGAGGAAAGGCGAAUCCAUGGCACUAAAUGAAAAGCAGAUCUUGGAAAAAGUCAAUAGUCAGUUUGUAGUCAAUUUAGCCUAUGCCUAUGAAACAAAGGAUGCAUUGUGUUUAGUUCUGACCAUAAUGAAUGGAGGUGACCUGAAGUUUCAUAUCUACAACAUGGGAAACCCAGGCUUUGAGGAGGAAAGAGCUUUGUUUUAUGCAGCAGAGAUUCUUUGUGGCUUAGAAGACCUACAUAGAGAAAAUACUGUGUACAGAGAUUUGAAGCCAGAAAAUAUCCUGCUAGAUGAUUAUGGCCAUAUUAGAAUAUCUGAUUUGGGUCUAGCUGUUAAAAUCCCUGAGGGUGAAUCAAUCCGUGGAAGAGUAGGAACAGUAGGGUAUAUGGCUCCUGAAGUGUUGAACAACCAGAGAUACACACUCAGCCCUGACUACUGGGGGCUAGGCUGUCUCAUUUAUGAAAUGAUUGCUGGGCAAUCACCAUUCCGUGGAAGGAAGGAGAAGGUGAAGAGGGAAGAAGUGGACAGGAGAGUGCUGGAGACAGAAGAAGUGUACUCCCAUAAGUUCUCUGAGGAGGCCAAGUCCAUCUGUAAAAUGCUCCUCACCAAGGAUGUGAAGCAGCGGCUGGGAUGUCAGGGGGAAGGCGCAGCAGAAGUGAAGAGGCACCCCUUCUUCAAGAGCAUGAAUUUCAAGCGGUUAGAAGCAGGAAUGCUGGAUCCUCCCUUUGUCCCGGAUCCCAGAGCAGUAUACUGCAAGGAUGUGUUAGACAUCGAGCAAUUCUCCACAGUGAAAGGAGUUAACCUGGACCAAACAGAUGAUGAUUUCUAUUCCAAGUUUUCCACAGGAUCAGUGUCUAUUCCAUGGCAAAAUGAGAUGAUAGAAACAGAGUGUUUCAAAGAACUGAAUGUAUUUGGACCAAAUGGUACUAUUUCACCAGACCUAAACAAAAGCUACCCCCCAGAGCCACCCAAGAAAGGAUUGCUACAGAGAAUAUUUAAACGACAGCAUCAGAACAAUUCAAAGAGUUCUUCAAAUUCAAAGGCCAGUUUAAAUCACCACAUAAAUUCCAAUCACGUAAGUUCAAACUCCACCGGAAGCAGCUAGUUCCAAUUCAGUUUUAUGAAACAACAUGUCGCAUCCUUCCACUAUAAUCUAUGGCGCUUCUAUGGAUGAGAGAGCCUCCACCAUCGAGUGAAAAAGGAUCUCCCCAAAAGGAGAUAUUCUAUCCAUUCCUUCCAGUGGAGCCUCGCAUUUUAAGAAGAAUUUUCCACUCAGGUCUGUUUUUGGAGGUGGCACUCAAGACUGUGUGAAUCAAAUUUGUCUCUUUAGAACAUUGCAAUAGAAUUUCAAUGAACAUGACUACUUGCACGUAUUUAACUAGCAUCAUACUAGAACUGAAUUUUGUCUUUAUUAUUUUUAAAGGAAAGUUUUGUAAAUUUCUCUAUUGUCUCAGUUUACAUUUUGUACAUUUGUAUUUAAAUGAAAGUCAGACUUUGGAGGUGUAUAUUUUCCAAGCAGCAGCUGUAAAGCCAUGUGUUUUAAGACGUUUUUUUAAGAGAAAAAAAAAAAACAAAACACCACAAUGUGACUCAAGACUUCCAGAGCCUCAAAUGAGAAAUCAUUCUUUUUAGUAAUUCUAGAGAAUUAUUCAUACAUCACUUUAUCAGACUGGGGUUUAUUGACACGCAUU